AUGGAAACAGACAGUUCACUUGAUAUUUUCGGGAGUUUAUCAGAAAUUCAGAGUCUUCCAUACCUACAUCAGGCCUCACCUACAAACACUAAUCACGAUCAGUUCUUGCCUAUAUUAUGCGGUGAAAAAUCAAGUGCAAGUAGCAAAAGGAAAUCUAUCGAAACACAUGAUGAUCAUUAUGAUGACAUUGGUGGGAUUUCUGGAGAGCCAAGGAGAAAUAAAAACCAUAGAAAUCGUAAAAGGAUUUCAGCUGAUAUGCGCAAUAUAUACGAAAGGAGACGUAGAGACAGAAUAAGGGACAAAAUGAAAUCUUUGCGGGAACUCAUACCUCACUGUCACAAGCAAGACAGAGCUUCAAUGUUGGACGACGCCAUCAACUAUCUUAAGGCCUUGAAGCUUCAUGUCGAAAUGUUAGCCAACAUGGGUGGCAGGGGAGCGUUAUGCCAAGCUCCAAGUUCGCCGGCAGCAACACCCUAUUUUUGUCCAGUGAUACAAACAAAUUCAACUUCAGAAAUGAGAAUGUUUAGCACUUCCCUCGACUGCCAAGCACCACCUCCUUCAUUCGGUCUCCAUCUUCAACUCCAACCUUCUUCAUUACCAGCACCACCACCACUUCAACAAAUCUCUCCACUUCUUUUGUUCCCUCGACUGCCUUUACUAGGAGCUGCUACUUCUACUCCGCUGCUAAUUGCCUCUUCUUCUCAUGGACAUUCUGCUACUUCUCAAAAGUAG